UGUAAAUUGUAACUGGUGUGUCUGUGUGUUGUCCGGUGUGUUUUGGUUGAUUUAACUGUUCGGCCAUCGGUAAUAACUGUUAUUCCCCUGCAUUUAAGAAAAUUUCAAGUAAAGUUUCUACAGCCAUUGUAUUUAGGUUGUUUGUCAUUGUGAUAGUGGCGUGAAAACUGAGUAAACACAGUAAUUUAUCAGAAAUGGCUAGCCCCGCCGGACCCGGUGCCGCCGGUGGUGCUGCUGCUGCUGCUGCUGCUCCUGUCCCUGAGGCGACUGCUGCCGCGCUUAGGACGGUAGUUUCUGCUCUGGAGUGCAUCAUGGAUCUGUCUGCAACGAAUGAACAGCGACAAGCUGCUCAUACGGUUUGUGAAGACUUCAAGGAGAACUGUCCUGAUUGCAUCGAGUGUGGUCUUCAGUUGGCCCGAAAAGAAUACUCAGCUGUUGUCAGGCAUUUUGGUUUACAGUCCGUGGAGCACUGGAUCAAAUAUCGUUGGCAUGAAGUAAAUGAUACGAAAAGGACAGCAUUGAAAAGAAGUGCUCUGAACCUUAUUUAUGAAGGCACCAAUGACAUCCUUGUCGAAGAGCAGCACAUCAAGGAUGCAGUGUCUCGUAUUCUGGUGGAGCUCAUCAAAAGAGAAUGGCCACAGUUGUGGGAAAAUCUCUUUGCAGAUUUCACACAGCUUUGUGAAAAUGGGGAGACACAGACAGAAUUGGUGCUUCAGGUUCUGCUCAGGUUGUCUGAAGACAUUGUACGCUUCCAGACAGUCCCCCAACCCAGACGGAAAGAUCUCCAACAGGCCCUCACUAAAGCCAUGUCCUCAAUCUUCUCCUUCUUCCUGUACACACUUAAUGGCAGCUUGGAAAAGUACAGAGCUAAGACUGACGAGGAGAGAGAAAAGGCUUGCCGUAUCUGCCGCGCUAUCCUUGAGACCCUCACAGGCUUUGUGGAGUGGGUUCCCAUCACUCACAUCACAGACUCGGGACUCCUGCCGCUGAUCUGCUCUCUCUUGCUGGACGAGAAACUGUGCCUGGCUGCUUCUGAGUGCCUGCUGCUCAUUGUGGGCAGAAAGGGCCGAGUGUCAGACAGACAGCCGCUGAUGGUGCUGUUUAGCCAAGAAGCUAUGACAGUGUUGCUUCAAGCUGCCAGCAAUGCAACUGAGCACAUCACAGAGUCCUCCAAUUUCAUAUUUCUGAAACGUCUGUGUGAGAUCUUGCUUGAAAUCGGAAAGCAGCUGUGUACACUCUGGGGCUCUCAACACACGGAGGAGCAGGGACAGCCUCCGAACUUCCAGAUGUAUCUCAAGGCACUGAUGGCCUUCACGCAGCACCCUAGUCAGAGUUUACGUCAGAUGGUGUACUCCAUGUGGCAUAUAUUCCUGAGACAUGAAUUGGCCUCCAAAGACCCACUGUUUACGGAGAUCAUGCCCACUUUGAUCCAGUGUGGAACGGUUUGUUUGCACAAGGUGGGCUUUCCUAGUCAGCAGAAUUCAGUGAGCUGUGAAUACUCACGCAUGGAGUUUGAUACUGAUGAAGAGUUCAAUGUUGUUCUUUGCAACUUGAGAAUGUCAGUUGUAGACUCUAUCCGCAUGAUGACCUUGAUGGUUCCCAAGAUGACCUUCUCUGUGGCUAGCUCGUGGCUGAAGGAGCUGUUGGCGAAGCCCAUUGUGGUCGGAACUGGUGCUGAUUCUGACAAAGGCAUCUGCAACUUGAGCUCCCCAUCCUUCAUCGCCUGGGACGCCUGUUCAGUGUUCCUAGAGGCUGUCAUGUCAAAAGUCUUUCUCGCUGAUGCAGAAAUGCCCAAGGUUGAAGAGGGCAUUGAUUUACUUCACAGUGUGUUAUCCUAUGAAAUGCAGGACCCUCUGAUUUUGUCUGCGGUGCUGUCCUGCAUCUCUGGUCUGUUCCCGUUCCUCACAUUCACGCCACAGACUCUGCCCCGGGUGCUAGCCAGGAUAUUUGACGCCGUUGUGUUCAAUCUACCCGGCCAAACCAAGUCUACCAGAUCUCAGGCUGUGAAGAAUGUGCGCGUUCACGCAUGUUCUAUCCUUGUCAAAAUAUGCAAAAAUUACCCAGAGUUAUUAUUGCCUGAGUUCCAGCAUCUGUACAACAGCGUCAAGCAGCUGGAUAGAGACCCGGAGCAGCUCAGUCAGAUGGAGAAAAUCAUCCUCAUAGAAGCUCUUAUCAUUGUCAGCAACCAGUUCCACAAUUUCUCUCGUCAGUCAGCAUUUAUUGAAGAAGUCCUCCAGCCUGUGAAGCAGCUGUGGUCUUCUGAGGAGUUUAUCAGGGCUUUCAGUUCCCCUGAAUGCUUCAUGAGUUAUGUGGGACUUGACCAGGCAGCUGUGGAGCCAAGCUCAGCGGACACUUGUGGCAUCAACCGUUCACACAUCACCUACUGUAUCAAUACCAUAUUAGCUGUUAUCAAAAGGAGCAAGUGGCCGGAGGAUUAUACAGUUGCAGAGAGAGGGGGUUUUGUUGUCCAGGGGGAAAAUGGAAACUUUUUACGCAACCCGGCAACUCCACAUGUGUGUCCCCUCCUAGACAAUGUGAUAGCUUUACUCAAAACUGGCUGUUGUUUGUUUAAACCUGAGAGUCUCAAACUCCGCCAUCCUGAUUUCCUCAAAGCAUAUGAUCUCAUGGAACAUGACAGACUGAACAUUCUAGGCAUUCCCCCAGCGUGUGUGGACAACUCCGACUCCCUGGUGUACAGACAUCCUUUAGAGCGCAUGCAAAACUUCAUAACAGCCCUCUUUGAGCACAGUUUUCAUAUUCUCGGCAAUGCAAGUUCGUGCCUUGGAGUGGAAAUCUACUCAGCCCCUGGACUUUCAAAAGUCAUUAUUGAAAAUCUCAUUGCAAACUACACUCUGUUGCACGACUAUCGAGCGCGUAUACUCAUACGGAACUUUCUAAAGCUCUUCAUACAGCAUUGUCCAAAAGAACAUCAUCACGAUGUUGCUGUUCCCAUACUGAGAAUUUUGUGUCCAGAGACCUAUCAGAGAUUGAUGGGUCGAUGGCAAGUGCUCAACAAAAGGGCAGAAGAAAGGGCUGAAAAUGAUGAAGAGGAAGACAUUGAUACCCAGGAAGUUUUGGAGGAUCAUUUGGUACGGCAUCUCACCAGAGAGUAUCUCGAUUUCUUAAACUUAGUUCUGUUUGGUAAGAAUGUGUCCUCUGAGGUUAAGGAAGAAAUGCCCAUGGAUGAUGGGGAUCUGCCCAACAAGGGUGGGGCCAACACUACCACCUCCUUCAAAGAUCUGAGCGAUCUGGGAACUGUGGUCAUGGGACUGCAGGAUCUGUACCCGUCCGUCAUCAUGUGCAUUCUGACGGGCUUCUCGUGGGCUGACACCAACGUAUGCCACAAGUGUUCCCUCAUGCUCUGGCCCGUUUGUCGACAGCUUGUGAACCAGAAGGAGAUCUCGCCCGAGGCAGCCCAGCACUGCUUCAUGUCGGUCCUGUCAGGACUCCAGCUCCAUGGUCAGCACGACGCCUGCUAUUCCACUUUGCUGCACCUCGCCAUGACCUUCUACGAGACUCUGAGAAAAGACUUUCCUGUUAUGACUGCAGUGCUGCAACAGAUUCCUGGAGUGGAUUCAAAGCUUAUUUAUGAACUGGAUGAGAAAAUCCUGCCAAAGCCUGGAAAUGACAGAAAGAAAAAGGAAAUCUUCAAGAAGAUUGUGGCUAACAUAGUCGGGAAAAACAUUGGCCAACAGUUCAGACGUGCUGCUCAGUAUUCGAAUUUGCCACGUUUGUUCUUGGAGUCUCGGCGUCCGAAGCAGGAAUCACUGGAUGAGGUGGAGAAAGAUGAUAUGGGACUGUGUGAACUCUUUUCCCCAUCCAAGGUCUUCGAUUAAUGAUUCUCAAGUCCAUACAGAUAUUUUUUAAUUUUUUUUUGAGGAGCAAAAGUAGUGUAAAAGCCACGAUUUUUUGCUUUGUCUGCUCACUGAGUAUCUCCUUCGUGAUCUUUGGACACAGUUGUGUGGAAGAUAAUUGUGAAGACUUGUGCUCUCUGAAUGCUUCUAGGAAUUUUAAUUUAUGACAGGAAUGUGUUCAACCACUUUUGUUGAUUUUUCACUCCAUUUGCACAAUCUUUUUUAACCACUCCAAAAAUAUCAGGGAAACGGAUGCAUAUUGCCUGGAUUUAUGAAUCCCAGGGUUUUUUUUAAUGUGUCUUGUACAGUUGCUGGUAAAUAUCUCGAUGUGACUGGUCCGACCAGAGAUAUGGAUAAAUGUAAAUGUUUUUCAUGGAGGAUGGUAAAGAGUAGAAUCUCGUGUCAUUUAAUUUCAAACUAAACCCUAUCUUUACUUUUGUUUUCUUUUAUAUUUGUGUUUUAUGAACAAGAGUGGAAGAGUUAGGCAUGAUGAAGAGCUUUACAGCUUGAUAAACCAUAAAAUCACUUUCAGCUUCAAGCAAUUUCUCAGUUCUGUUCAUCAUUUACUUACACAUGGUUUUGUGUUUUAAGUGGUUGUCGGGUAUGGUAGAGAACGUUAUUCGAACAAUGGUGCUUUCUUUUAUGUGAUAUAAUGCCAACUGAUUGUCCUGAAGUACCCGCACAGUAUGGGACUGUUUCAGGAUUGACAAGCAUUAUCACCUGGUUGCUUUAACACAGUUUGAGGCUUGUUUGUAACAUCUGGCUUCUGUUGUUGAAGCACUAGUUUUGUGACAAGUUUUUAGUUUUCUUUCACAGGAUGAUUGUGUUGUGUGUGCCAAGGUCAGUGGCAUUUCUUAGGUUGCUCAGAUAUUUUUACUUUAGUUCCUUAAAAGUUAAAAGAGACUAUUUCAAAACAUUGUGAAUUCUGUACUGUAAAUAUUUAUUGUCAUAGACUCAUUCAAGUACUUCAAAUGAUGGCUGUUGUAUUGUGAAUGAUGUUAGAAAUCAAAAGAGCCGAGAGUUUUUUUAUAGUGCGGUUGACAAAUAUUUUACAGAAUAGUACAUUUGUAUUUCAUUAAAGUUGAUUAUCUACUAGUAUUUCUAGUAGUGUACCUUAAUUACACUUUGAUGCAAUCAAAUUGUGUUGCAAGUGAAAGCUCAGAGGUUGUGCUAAUGGUGGCUGCUGUUUUUUUAACAUUAAACAUAGAAAUAGAAAGAAGUAAUCAAAUGAACAAUGGAUUGAUAGCAUUACCAUGAGGAUCUUGUCUUGAUAUUGUUUGUGUGUUACUUGUAAGAUGUAUGUCCUGGUUGGAAUGAUAUUCAGCCCUCUCAAAAGUCCAUAAAUGUCUUCGUCCAAUGCAAAC